CACCCAAAUCCUAGGAACUCAAUAACAUAUUGAGGGAAAAAUGAAAAUGAGGACAUGGAAAAGUCCUCUAGAAUUUGCCCUUUUUCUUGAUAUUCCUCUUUCGAUCAGUACUAAGGCAUUCCGACCUUCAAUCCCGAAAACUCUUCAUCGGCAUUUUCUGGAACUGCCCUCUUUGAUAUGUCCAAUUCCAUAACAAAGUUUCCAAGCGUUUUUUGUCCUUUAAGACAAAUCCUCCACGGAGAAUCCGCCCCCUUUACACCUACAUAAAUGUUUCAGCCUCCAGUUUUCUGUUUCAAACUCUUAAGCUACACACCAUAUAGACAAAUAAUGAAAUAAGUGAGUAAUCACACAGCGUAGAGGAGGAAGAAAGCAAUGGCUUGCUUCUCGUGCCCAGCUUCGUACUCGAUUCGGUGCUCUGCAGGUGGGGACUGGACUGACCCAAACAAGCAGAAGCUGGGCAGCGCCAAUAUCAAUGGGGCUGCCUCCUCUAGGCCGAUGACCAAGCCUGAUGCAGUACUUAGCCAAACAUCGGGAGUUUCGGCCACUUUCACCUCGGUCGCCCCGGUCUCGGAGAAUGGGUACAUUUCUGAGGAGCAGGUGAGACAAAACAUCCCGACCAAGAAGCAGUUUGUGGACUCGCACCGUCAGGGGGUCAUCAUUGAAGGUGGCGUUGGGUAUAGGCAGACUGUCGUCAUCAGGUCGUAUGAGGUCGGCCCGGAUAAGACGACAACGAUCGAGAGCAUCCUUAAUUUCUUCCAGGAAACUGCGUUGAAUCACGUCUGGAUGUCCGGGCUACUGAGCAAUGGAUUUGGAGCAACACAUGGAAUGAUGAGGAACAACCUUAUAUGGGUCGUCUCCCGGAUGCAUGUUCAAGUUGACCGCUACCCAAUCUGGGGAGAGAUAAUAGAGAUCGAUACUUGGGUCGGAGCAUCGGGAAAGAACGGGAUGCGACGCGAUUGGCUUAUACGAAGCCAGGCCACAGGAGUCGUGUUUGCUCGAGCCACCAGCACCUGGGUGAUGAUGAACAAGAAAACGAGGCGAUUGUCGAAGAUGCCAGAGGAGGUCAUGGCGGAGAUCUCACCAUGGUUCAUAGAGAAGCAAGCCAUCAAGGAAGAUAAUCCUGAAAAGAUAUUAAAGCUCGACUGUAAAGCGACAUACGUAAACUCAGACUCGAAGCCGAAGAGGAGUGACUUAGACAUGAACCAACAUGUGAACAAUGUCAAGUACGUUGGGUGGAUGCUCGAGACUAUUCCUGAUUCUUUCCUGGAAAGUCACCUACUCUCCAGUAUCAUCCUGGAAUAUCGAAGGGAAUGUGGAAGCUCCGACAUAGUUCAGUCCCUCUCUGAGCCCGAUGACGAAGGAAUAAUCCUUCAGGAGGGCAUUGAAUGUGAUUCCCACAUCAAUUUCCUGAACGGUUUAUCCCUGGCAUCAGAGAUUCUCGAGGGAAGUGGACUCCUUGGCUCGUUCAGUAAAGCCCCCUUGAGGUUCACUCAUCUCCUCCAGAUCGAUGGCCGCGAUUCCAGGAAGGAAGAGAUCGCCAGGGGAAGAACAACAUGGAAGAAGAAGUUUUCUUCCAUGCCGUUCUCACCCAGUUGACAUCUACCAGAACAUAUAUAGACCCCAAAGUGACUAAGAAAGCUGAUCCUCUCAGAACACAAGCAUGGAAUAACAUAUGGUUGCCGUCGCUUCAGACUGCAAACUUGCGUGCGAUGUUUAAAGCAGAUUCGCUCUAUAUCCUGGGAAGCUAUUGCCAGUCUUGGUUUGAUUGGUUAGGGAAUUGAAUUCAUGAUAGGGUAAUAAUUUUAACAGGGGCACAACCGAAAAAGAAAUAAGACCGUUUCUAUGCAAGAACUGAUUGGAAAAGGCAAGAACUGAUUGGAAAAGAAAAGAACUACGGGGCAAGGCCUCUCUGGCUGUUCGAGUGAUCGUUACAUUGUAUCUGAAAUUUGUGUGUAUACCAUUACAACUGUUCAUUGAAAAAAAGGAAAAGUAAAUAUUUCCAGAAGAAAAGGAUGCAUAUUGUUCAGUUUACUGGUGCUGUUACGAGCAGAGUAAUAAUUCACCA